AUGCCACCAGACUCGCGCGCCAGUGCUGCGGCGUGCAACGCAUCGGCACCGGCGGGCGUCGAUGGCGACCCGCUGCACGACGCCGCCCGCUGCUCCGCGCUCGCGGCCCCAACCCCCCUGAUUGCGAACGGGCAGGGCGGCGGCGGCGCCAGCAGCGCCAGCCACCAGCGCGGCGCCGGCCCAGGGGCGGGCGGCGCGCACGAGGCGCCGGACGCAAGCCCAUCAGACCCCUCUCCCCCUGCAUUAUACCGAUGCGAGGUCCCCCACAUCCCCCAGCGCUUCUCAUGGUGCGCGCAGACGGCGGCGGCGCCGGCAGUCGCCUUCGCAUGCCCACGCACAUGCGCAUGCGUGCCCUGCCCCCCAGCCGUCCCUGCCCCCGCGCCCGCGCCUGCGCCGGCGGCCGCCGCCACGCCCUCUGACUCGCGCGGCCAUGUGGACGCGACCCCCCGGACGCGCGCAGGGACUGCGGGCUGGCGUGUGUGCUGA